AACAAUCGGCUGGAAAUAACUGGAGCACUUGACAGCUGAAAGCAGAGGGACACUGCAGGGAGGAUGUCGAAGCACGGUGAGGUUGUAUGCGUUACCGGUGGAAGCGGCUGCAUUGGAUCCUGGCUCGUCCUUCUCCUCCUCCACCGUGAUUACACCGUCCACGCCACCGUCAAGGAUCUCAAGGACGAGGACGAGACGAAGCAUCUAGAAGCGUUAGUAGAGGGAGCAGAGUCGCGCCUCCGUCUCUUCCAGAUUGACCUCCUCGACUACAACUCCAUACUCGCCGCCGUCAAUGGCUGCUCCGGUGUCUUCCACCUCGCCUCUCCCUGCAUCGUCGAUCAAGUCCACGACCCCGAGAAGGAGCUUCUGGACCCGGCGAUCAAAGGAACGCUCAAUGUUCUGACGGCGGCGAAGCACGCUGGGGUCAGCCGUGUGGUGCUGACGUCAUCCAUUUCCGCCAUCACUCCCAGCCCAAGCUGGCCGUCUGAUAAGGUCAAGGGCGAGGAUUGCUGGACAGACAUUGACUACUGCAAGCAGAAGGGAUUGUGGUAUCCAUUAUCGAAAACGCUGGCAGAGAAAGCGGCGUGGGAAUUUGCCAAGGAGAAGGGGCUGGAUGUGGUUGUGGUGAAUCCAGGCACGGUGAUGGGCCCUGUUAUCUCGCCCAGGCUCAAUGCUAGCAUGUUGAUGCUUGUUCGCCUUCUUGAGGGUUGCGCUGAAACAUAUGAGGACUUCUUUAUGGGAUCUGUGCAUUUUAAAGAUGUAGCUCAAGCGCACAUUUUAGUGUAUGAGAACAAAUCAGCAACCGGUAGGCACUUGUGUGUGGAAGCUAUAUCACAUUAUGGUGACUUUGUGGCAGAGGUUGCUGAACUUUACCCUGAGUACAAGGUUCCCAGUUUGCCAAAGGACACCCAACCUGGCUUGCUGAGGGAAAAGAACGGAGCGAAGAAGCUAAUGAACUUGGGUUUGGAAUUCAUUCCCAUGGAUCAAAUUAUCAAGGAUGCUGUUGAGAGCCUAAAGAGCAAGGGAUUUAUUUCAUAAAUGAAACUGCGGGGAUAUGAAACUUAUCAGGGAUCUAGGUAUGUCUUGUACUAGUAGCGAGGACAUGUAACCUGAAUGGUUGUUUCAACUCCUUUGAAUAUUCCUUUUUCUGUGAAGAAAAUAAUGUUAAUAUGUGUGUACGACAAGUUUACCUUAAAGUUCACACUUUAAUU